CAGCCGCGUCACUUUGCAGGCGGAGAUAAGCCUGUCUUCAUCUCUCUGUCUCAGCCCGUCUCAAUCAGUCCAUCCUUGUUUGGUCUUCCUCGUUCUGAUUAUUUUCUUAUCUGAGCCAACAUGCUAACAGCCAGGUCUCCGGCCAUUAGCGUGUGCGCGGAGAGCAUCAUCCCAGCCGGGCUGAGGUUUGGGCCGGUACCUGGGAAUUUUAAACUUGGCAAAUACAUGACGGACCGCAGAGAACCUGGAGUUAAGAAAAAGGUGCGACUGCUAAGGGGGGACUUUGUGGACGAAACUGGCAGUGCCGUUCCGGAGUGGAUAGGGUUAAUUCGUGCCGCAAGAAACGGUCAAGAACAGAACCUCGAAGCCAUAGCAGAUCAUCCCGGAGGACAGGUAUUUUAUAGAACACUAAGAGAAAUUCAAUUGGGAGAGGAGCUAGCGGUGUGGUACUCCAACUCACUGGCUCAGUGGUUCGACAUUCCAACUACUGCUACGCCAACUCACGAUGAAAAAGGAGAAGAAAGGUACAUCUGUUGGUACUGUUGGAGAAUAUUUAAGUAUCCCAAUACUCUGAAGGCGCACAUUCACUUUCAGUGCUCACUGACGAAUGGCCGAGGCUACCUAGCUAACGAGCCGAGCCGAAACACCGAAAGCUACAACCGAUCUCCCAAAUCAGCGGACAUAAACACAGCCGGUCAUUUAAGAAACGGCCAUAACCAGAACUCUGCAACUGUGGACCAUAGCAAGAGGACAGCAUCGUCAUCGCCGUUUUUAAGCAAAUCCGGAAUAAUUAAGAAAACGUCUGGACCAGAAGAACAGGACAGGGCAUUAGACAUGAGUGUGAGCUCCGCAAGAAACCCUAAUCAUCUCCUUGGUUUGGGCGGAGGUGCUUCGUCAGUUCUGAACACAAUGGGGUUCCAUCCUGGAAUCCGCUCAGCUUUUAAGCCUACGGGGCUAUCCAAGGUCCCUCCAUCGGACUUACCCAGAGACGACAAUAACGUCAAGCCGAAUGGUCUUGGAUUUAGUAAACUUCUGGGAAACAUUAAGACAUCGCGCUCAGUGACUGAUACCAUAGCGGGCAACCAUACAUCCAAAUGUGUCCACCCCAUUGAGGCCUCAUCGCCAGUUUUGCCCUGCAACAAUUCUAUCAGGGGCUUUCCUGUUUUUCCACAUUUUGAGGAGACGUCGGCAUUCAAACACGUUGAUAGCCGGCUGCCCCCGGGGCUGUCUCCGUCUCGCUACUCGCAGAUUUCAUCCGGUUUGCAUUUUGAGAGGUUCUCGAUUCCCCAGUUUGAUGGAGUCAAACCGUACAGUGGAGAAUGUAACAUCCCCAUUAUGCCCUUCACGGUCUAUAACGGGGAGCUGCUGUACAGUUCCCCAUACUACCCCCUUAAGUUUCACUUCAGCAAUUUAAUCAAGUACCCAGAUUCGGUGUCCUACUUUGGAACUCCAGCACUUAAUCCUGACCUGAGCUCAAUCACGAACAUAGACAGAGAGAUCGCCAUGCACACACAGCAACUGUCUGAAAUUGCAGUUGAGAAAAACCGGGCACGACUCGAUGCUAUGCCCAGCGCAACCUCAAGCUCCGGCAAGCCCAAAAAGGGGCACCUCUGUCUGUAUUGCGGAAAACUGUACUCUCGCAAAUACGGCUUGAAAAUACACAUGCGAACUCAUACUGGUUACAAGCCUUUAAAGUGCAAAGUGUGCUUCCGGCCCUUUGGGGAUCCCAGCAACCUUAACAAACAUAUCCGCCUCCAUGCGGAAGGAAACACCCCGUAUCGCUGUGAAUUCUGCGGCAAAGUCUUAGUUCGUCGGAGAGACCUCGAGCGGCAUGUGAAAUCUAGACACCCGGGGCAGUCCAUUAAAAAGAUGGACGAUAAAAUGGAAAACAUUUUUCAAGAUCAGGAACAAAAAAGCGACAACAGCAACGACAGCGAUGUUGAUGUUUGUUACACCGACGAUCAAAGUGAUCAGGAAUCAAGCAAGAACAAUGGACAUUAGAUAAAUAAAUGACUUCCAGGUUAUACUUGACAAUUAUUUAUAGACUCGAUGUAAUGAAAUGAAAGCAUUAUUUAUGUGUUUAAGCAAAGGAGAACCCCGAAGCUGUAAAGAAAGAGUUGGGAAAGUGCCUCUGCAACAAUUAAUUACGCUAAAAUAUCUUAUUUUUGAUUGUAUUAUAUAUUUAUAAACUCGAAUUUUAUUAAAACAGUGGUAUAUGU